CUCCCAUUAGUCCAAUGCUUCAUUUCAGGGAAAUAUGAAGGCCAGCAAAUUGUACUCUGAAUUCAAUUGUCAAUAUCUUAUACCUUACAUCAAACAACAACUCUCCAUGAAGUUCAAUUCUACUUCAGUGGCUCCAUUCCUUUUUGUCAUAAUUAUUCUUUUUCCCCUGGCUAUUGCUGACCUGAGUUCAGAUAGGCAAGCCCUUCUUGAUUUUGCUAAUGCUGUCCCCCACCGUAGGAACUUUAUGUGGAAUCCAUCCACCUCAAUGUGUACAUCUUGGGCAGGCAUCAUUUGCAAUCAAAAUGGAACUCGUGUUAUUUCUGUCCGGCUCCCCGGAGUUGGACUACUAGGCUCAAUCCCAUCCAAUACACUUGGAAAGCUUGAUGCUGUGAAAACAAUUAGCCUUAGAUCCAACCUACUCACUGGAACUCUGCCUGCUGACAUUGCUUCUCUUCCUUCUCUCCAGCAUCUCUAUCUCCAGCAUAAUAACCUUUCUGGUGAUAUACCUGCCUCAUUGUCUCCCCAACUCAUUGUACUAGAUUUGUCAUAUAAUUCCUUCACUGGUGGCAUUCCAAAGACAUUACAAAACUUGACAGAAUUAACUAGUUUGAAUCUCCAGCACAACUCCCUAUCUGGACAGAUACCUAAUCUCAAUGUUACUAAGCUCAGGCUCUUGAAUUUGAGCUACAACAAUUUGAAUGGCUCUAUCCCAGCAGCUCUUCAGAUUUUUCCUAACUCGUCCUUUGAGGGAAACUCUCAUUUAUGUGGACCACCUCUAAAGCCGUGCUCAGUGAUUCCCCCUACACCUUCUCCUUUCUUGACUCCACCUCCACCAUCAGCUCCUGGAAGACAAAGCUCUAAAAGUAAAUUGAGUAAGGUAGCUAUCAUUGCAAUUGCGGUUGGAGGAGCUGUAUUGCUAUUUUUUGUAGCUCUUGUUAUUGUUCUUUGCUGUUUAAAGAAGAAAGAUGCGAGAGGGUCCAAUGUAAGUAAAGAGAAGGGUCCUAGUGGUGGUAGGGGUGAGAAGCCAAAAGAAGAGUUUGGGAGUGGGGUGCAAGAACCUGAGAAGAACAAGUUGGUUUUCUUUGAGGGCAGUUCUUAUAAUUUUGAUCUAGAGGAUUUGCUGAGAGCUUCGGCCGAAGUUCUGGGAAAGGGUAGUUAUGGUACUGCAUAUAAGGCUAUAUUAGAGGAGUCAAUGACAGUUGUGGUGAAAAGGUUGAAAGAAGUUGUGGUAGGAAAGAGGGACUUCGAACAGCAGAUGGAGAUUAUGGGGAGGGUUGGACAACACCCAAAUGUUGUGCCACUUCGAGCUUAUUAUUAUUCAAAAGAUGAAAAGCUUUUGGUUUAUGAUUAUGUUCCUGGUGGAAACCUAUCCACACUCUUGCAUGGCAGUAGGACAGGUGGAAGAACUCCCAUAGAUUGGGACACCAGAAUAAAAAUAUCCCUUGGAACUGCAAGGGGAAUUGCUCACAUACAUUCUGUUGGAGGUCCCAAAUUCACACAUGGAAACAUUAAGGCCUCAAAUGUCCUCCUCAACCAAGAUAAUGAUGGUUGUAUUUCUGACUUUGGCCUGACGCCACUUAUGAAUGUUCCUGCAACCCCUUCUAGAGCUGCAGGUUAUCGUGCUCCCGAGGUGAUUGAAACUCGGAAGCACACUCAUAAAUCAGAUGUGUACAGCUUUGGUGUCCUCCUUUUGGAGAUGCUUACUGGUAAAGCGCCUCUCCAAUCUCCAGGACGUGAUGAUAUGGUUGAUCUUCCUAGGUGGGUUCAGUCUGUUGUUAGGGAGGAGUGGACAGCUGAGGUUUUUGAUGUGGAGCUAAUGAGGUACCAAAACAUUGAAGAAGAAAUGGUGCAAAUGUUGCAAAUUGCAAUGACCUGUGUGGCUAAGAUGCCAGAUAUGAGACCAAGCAUGGAUGAAGUAGUGAAAAUGAUUGAAGAGAUCAGGCAAUCUGACUCAGAGAACCGACCAUCUUCUGAAGAGAAUAAAUCCAAGGACUCAAAUGUUCAAACUCCAUAGAUUAACUCUCUGGCUCUUUGCUUAACCAGGAUGUGACAUUAGAUGGUACAUAUAAGAGUGCAUGCUUAGUCAAGGUUUCUCAAGCUGUAUUUAAACCUUUCUGUCCAAUUGUUCAAUAUUUUCUCACAGAUGGAUUUCCUUGAAUUAUUUUCUUCUAUAGGUAGCUUGCUUGCCAUGGAUUUUUAUGAAUUGACAUCAUGAUUCAAUUGAUGAUCUUAAUUCAAGAACAUUUG